GUUAGAGCGGCCACUAGAGUAUCUGGUCAAUAUGCAAGCUAAUGGAUAAUCUGUGAUGAAACGCUGACGCAUUUGAAACACUGAACGAGGCCCCCUAGUAAACCGGAUGGUGUUACACUUUAAAGUUUGCUUUUCCUGUUGCUACACCGUUAUCAUUCCUUAAAAUGGCAACUUUAGCAGCUGCCGUUGUUGCUGCCGCUGGCAGAGAUCCCGCUGUUGAUCGUUCAUUGCGCUCUGUCUUUGUGGGAAACAUUCCAUAUGAGGCCACAGAGGAGCAACUGAAAGACAUUUUUUCAGAAGUCGGGCUUGUUGUCAGCUUCAGGUUAGUGUAUGAUAGGGAGACAGGCAAGCCAAAAGGAUAUGGCUUCUGUGAGUAUCAAGACCAGGAGACGGCCCUCAGUGCCAUGCGGAACCUGAACGGAAGAGAGUUCAGCGGCCGUGCUCUCCGUGUCGACAAUGCUGCUAGUGAGAAGAACAAAGAAGAGCUCAAGAGUUUGGGGACGGGGGCCCCCAUCAUUGAGUCUCCCUACGGGGACAACAUAAUGCCAGACGAGGCUCCAGAGUCUAUAAGCAGAGCUGUGGCCAGUCUGCCCCCAGAGCAGAUGUUUGAGCUCAUGAAACAGAUGAAGCUCUGUGUGCAAAACAGUCCCCAGGAGGCCAGGAACAUGCUUUUGCAAAACCCCCAGCUGGCCUUUGCCUUGCUCCAGGCCCAGGUGGUCAUGAGGAUCGUAGACCCUGAGAUUGCCUUGAAAAUGCUUCACCGUCAAACCCCAGUGCAGCCAUUGGUUCCCAACAGUCAAGCUGGACCAGUGCCAGUGGCCAACCAGCCUAUUCCACCGCCCAAUGCGCCAGUCUCCCAGUCGCAGCCAAUGCCGGGCAUGCACAUGAACGGAGCCCCCCAGAUGAUGCAGCCCCCUCCCAUGGGUGGAGGACCUGGGCCCAUGCCAGGGCAGGGACCGGUGGGACCACCAGGUGGGAUACAGCCACCGAUGGGAAUGCCUCAGGGAGGUCCCGUUCCUAUCGAUAGGGGACAAGGAAACCUCCAGCACUCUCCCGUAGGAUCGUCUGGGCAGGCUGCUAUCGAGCGACCUCAAGGACCAGGUGGUAUCCCCCCCAGAGGACUGCUUGGUGACGGCCCCAAUGACCCCCGAGGAGGAACCCUGCUCUCAGUCACAGGAGAGGUCAUCGAACCAAGUCGAGGAGGAGGCUUCAUCGGUGCCCCCCCACCACACCAGGGGCCCCCCAUGCACAUGAACCAGAUGGCUGGCGGGCCUCCUCCGGACAUGAGGCCACCCCACGACAUGAGAGGACCUCCUAUGGGUGAACCCAGAGGCAUGAUGGGAGAGCCCCGAGGACCCCCCAUGGGUGAACCCAGAGGCAUGAUGGGAGAGCCCCGAGGACCCCCCAUGGGUGAACCCAGAGGCAUGAUGGGAGAGCCCCGAGGACCCCCCAUGGGUGAACCCAGAGGCAUGAUGGGAGAGCCCCGAGGACCCCCCAUGGGUGAACCCAGAGGCAUGAUGGGAGAGCCCCGAGGACCCCCCAUGGGUGAACCCAGAGGCAUGAUGGGAGAGCCCCGAGGACCCCCCAUGGGUGAACCCAGAGGCAUGAUGGGGGAACCCCGAGGACCCCCCAUGAUGGAGCCCAGGGGACCCCCCAUGGAGACCAGAGGUCGCGACCCCAGAGCGGUGGACACACGUGGACCAGUGUCAGGCCAGAGGGUUCCCAUGGCCCAAGGAAUGCAGGGUCCCCCCCCUCACUCCAUGAAUCCUAAUGCCCCUCCACCUGCCAGACCGGGUCCUGGUGUACCACAGUCCGGAGGUAGCUUCAGCCCAGGGCAAAGCCAGGUGACCUCACAGGACCAUGAGAAGGCCGCCUUGAUCAUGCAGGUGCUGCAGCUGACCCCAGAACAGAUUGCCAUGCUGCCCCCAGAGCAGAGGCAGAGCAUCCUCAUCCUCAAAGAGCAGAUCCAGAAGACCGCCGGGGCGCCCUAAAGAACACUCCCAAUCCCCCGGAGUCCGACACCCCUGUCCCCCCUUUAAUCUCAACGUCACCUCAUCCUAAUUUCAAACAUUUUGUAGAUUGUUUUGUAUUAUAUUGUCAGUUUUUUGAAUGGAAGGUUGAAGUGAGUGCUUGUGAUUGAAGAAUGUCAGUUAAUCUUCAAACGGGAACACUUCAUAGUCAAAGUUCAUCGGAGAGAAGUGUUGCCGGAUGUUAUGGGUUUUCAUAUUGUAUUUUAAAAAGCCCAACAUUUUAUUUUGUGGCUGGAACCUGUUGCCUGUCUGGAUGUUUAUCAAUAAAUAAAAAAGAGUUCCCCUA